UAACCUCUAAAAUACUAAAAGCUACAAGCCGCAAAAAAAUUGUUGUUUGGUUUAAAAAAAAACUAAAAGUUUUGAUAAUUAAAAUAAAAAAAAAAUGUGGUCACUAGAGCAUCCGGUUGGAUAUAUAAUGCACUUACCAUUAAGUAAAAAAGAAUUGAAAAUUGGUAGAAAUUCAAAUUCCACUUUGUGUAUAGCAGCUGACCGAUCAAUAAGUAAACAUCACGCUAAAAUACUUGUUUAUCCAAAUAAUAAAAUAGAAAAUAAUAAUUUUGAAGUCAGUAAUAACAGAAAUUCAAUAUGUGAAAUAAUAGACUAUGGUUCAAAAUAUCAUACAUAUAUUAUAAGAAAUACCCAUAUAAAAUUAGAACCAGGAAAAUCUUAUCAACUGGAACCAGGUGAUAAAAUAAAAUUUGGAAUGGGUGAAAAUAUUUGGACAUUGAAAUAUUACGAAAUUGGUCUUUUGGCUUGUGGUUAUUGCAAUGACAAUAAAAGAAAUAUUGUUAGAGCUAUCGAAAGUAUUGGCGGUACUGUUUACAAUGAGUGUAAUCAGAAAUGUACCCAUUUUGUGACAAUGUGUAAUAGAGUAACGUCAAAAUUUGUUUUUGCUCUUAGUUCCGGUUUGCCAAUUACUGAUAAAUCAUACUGGCAAGCUUUCAUGUGUGCUGUCAAAAGUGAUGUGAAAUUACCAAAUCCACUUGAUUACACAGUAGCGAAUGAUAUUUUCAAAAACGAAUUUAAAGAUGUUGUAUUUUAUCCAGUCAAUGAAAGAAAAAAUUUAUUUGAUGGUUUAAAUUUUAUAUUUUUUAACGUACAGCAGUGUAAUAAUUAUGGAAUUAUUAUCAAAGCAGCUGGUGGAAGACCACAUAUUUAUCAUAAAUCUUCAUUUGAUCCUAGUGAACUUGUUGAGCCGGAUAUUAUUAUUAUCGAAUGUACUGAAACUAAACGAAAUACUGGAGUUGAGUUAAUAAGUGAUAGAGAAUAUGAUGAAAUGGAAUUAUUUCUUAGUAAAUCAAAAAAGAGAAUGAUUAAUUGUAAAGAAAUAAUAAGCGCUAUUUUAUUUUGCUCAAUUAAUAAAUAUUGUAACCCGAUGAUUAAAAGUUUAAAUAAAUAUUGGCGGGAAUCACCUAAGAAAAAAUCAAAUAAAGUUAGGGAAAAAAGUAAUGUAGUUAAUGAUAAAGUUCGUGAUGAUAAUGAUGGUAAUUUAAAUAAACGAAAGAAUUUAAAUAACUAUGCUGGGGAAGAUAAUUCAAAUGAUUCUGUUGUUAUUUGUGACAAACAAGAAAAUCAAAAUAAAUACAAGAAGCAGAUUAAUAACAAUAAUGACAAUAUUAAUCGAGAGCCAAAGUCUAGGAAUCUUGUUAAUGAAAAGCCGUGGAUUGAUACCAAGUCUUGUAAAAAUUCGGAUAAAUUAUCACAAUUAUCGUUACUCAAAUCUAAUAGUAAAAUAGCAGAUCGUCAGGAAGAAAAAAAACCAGAAGUUGGAGUUAGUAAAAUAUGUGAGCAGGUUAAUAAUAAUGUUCCCAAGACUCGUGAUGUUUGUGAUAAAUCAUCAACUAAAUCGUUGGAAAAUAAACAGAAUGAAGAUAAAAAAGUAAACAAUAAACGUAAGUUAGAUAAAAGGGAAGCGCAUGAGUCUUUGGAUAAAGAUAAUAAAAGAUUUAACUCUGGUAAAAAUACAUCUGAUGAUGAUAUUUUGGUAGUUGAUGAUUUGCGAGAUAAAAAUCAACACUCAGAUAAAAGUAAUUUAAAAAAUGCUAAUCGGUCUAAAGAUCCGGAAGUAUCUAGAGUAACAAAUGAUAAAACUACAGUACAAAAUGAUGAAAUUAUUAUUGACCAGACUGGAACUUCUGAAGCAGAUGAAAAAAUGGUUGUUGAUAAUUCAUUUGAUAGUAUUACUUCCGGACAAUUUAAAAAUUUUCUUCAUAAAACAAAUGGCAUGAAAUCAUCGACAGGGCAGUCAAAUAAAAAAGUUCAGUCUUGUAAAAAUAAAUCUCAUAAUUUGUGGGAUGAUGAAAAUCAAUACUUGGAGAAAAAUAAUUUAAAAAAUGCUAAUCAGUCUAAAGAUCCAGAAAUAUCUAGAGUAACGAAUGAUAAAACUCAAGUACAAAAUGAUGAAAUUGAUAUUGAAGAGGCUGGAACUUCUAAAGCACAUGAAGAAAUGAUUGUUGAUAAUUCAUUUGAUAGUAUUACUUCCGGACAAUUUAAAAAUUUUCUUAUAAAAACAGGUGGCAUGAAAUCAUCGAUAGGGCAGUUAAAUAAAAAAGUUCAGCCUUGUAAAAAUAAAUCUCAUAAUUUAUGGGAUGAUGAAAGUCAACACUUGGAGGAAAAUAAUUUAAAAAAUGCUAAUCAGUCUAAAAAUCCGGAAAUAUCUAGAGUAACGAAUGAUAAAACUCAAGUACAAAAUGAUGAUGACAUUGAUAUUGAAGAGGCUGGAACUCAAAAAGCAGAUGAAGAAAUGGUUGUUGAUAGUUCAUUUGAAAGUAUUACUUCUGGACAAUUUAAAAGUCUUACUGAUAAAACAAGUGGCAUUAAAUCACCAAAAGAAAAAAGAUAUAAUUUACGUUCAAAGAAAGAUGUAAAUGAAACAAAUUGUUCUCAAUUACCAACUAAUGCACAAUCUGUGUGUCUAAAUGAGAUGACUUCAAAUCAAAUUCAAAGGACUGAUCAUCGGGAAGCAAGUAAAGUUAGUCAAGAAAUAACUGAUAGUGAUAAGGAGUCAAAUUUGGAUGAAAAUGGCUUCGUAACAUUUACGAUUGAUAAUUAUUCUGAUGAAGACAUUAAAAAAAACCGGCAUGUAGAUUUAAGUCAACCUAGUUCGUCAGAUUCACCAGAUUAUCACGUUUAUGUAACUACUCAAGCUGAUGUUCAUUUAGUUCCUAACACAUCCAGUGAAAGAGAAGAAUCAUAUUCACCUUUUUUGGAAAGUCCAAUUGAUGAUGAUGAUGUUAUUCUUGGAGAAAAUAAUAUUAAACCUAAUUUUAAUCGCAGUAAUGAUAAUAAUUUACCAAAAUUUUUUUUUAAAUAGUUUGAAAAUUAUUUUUUUUAUUUUUUUACGAUUAAACCAUAAGAUUGUUAUGUUAUGAAUAUACAGAGAUAUAGAAUACAAUUAAAUUAAAAAUAUGCUUUUCUAUAAAUUAAUAAUGAUUAAAUAAAUUUAUUAUAACAGAAUCAAAAAAAAAAUCAAUAAUUUAAAAAUUAUCAUAAUUUUAUUAUUAGAAUUAAAGGCAAUGAUCUUG